AUGUUUCCCUCGCCGUCCUCGGCAGAGAAGUCUGACGAGGAGAUCCGGAGGCCCAGGAAACGUAUUGCGAGGGCGUGCGACUCGUGCUUCAAAAGAAAGAUCAAAUGUGAUGGCGCGCAGCCGCAAUGUAACUGGUGUAGUCAUCAUGACAUUCCGUGCACGUUCGAGAGGGUGACCGUGAGGAAGCGGAAGAUCGCUAAAACUGUAAGGGGUCCAGGAGAUUCAUCAGAUCUAGCCGAGCGAAUUGAGCGGAUAGAGAAGCUCUUGGGCAGCAAGUUGAUGAAUGAACCGGACGACAAUGUGCGGAUUCGUGCACCAAGCAGUGUUCCAGACGUAUCCUCCGAGGCUUCUCCCGCGCCUUACAAGCAGAGCUCGGGCUCGUCGUCGGUGGCUCUGCACUUUGCAGGGCGCGAGCUCGGUGUGUUCAACCUGUUCACCGGUAUUCCUUUAUUGCUACCAGAGGGAAGGCAAUGGGUUCAAGCGAGGACGGGCCAGAAUGUCUCAUUCAGCAGGCUAGUCAGUUCUGUCAGGACUCCGUGGGAACGACAGAGGGCGUUCAACUACGAUGCUCUGAUGAUGAACUCCACCACAGAGAACGCAUUUGAGCUCCCAGAACGGCACAUCGUCGAGAGCUACUAUAACAUGUUUUGCUCGACAUUGAUGCGGCUGAUCUUCCCGGUUUUGGAUCCGGUCUUGUACAGAGAGACCAUCAACGCAGCAUACGAGCAGCCACAUGGCCGGGUCCCAUAUGAGAGGGCAAGCGUUCGAGCCUCCAUCUUUGCGUUCGUGGCUUUUGCAAGUCUCAUACCCACCCCUGAGUUUGAACUACACAGAGGGUUGGUUCCGGUGGAUAACGAGGCUUAUAUUGUCAAGGCGCAGUAUCUCGUGCCUCAGAUCUUGCAAGAAACAAGUUCCCUGGAAGGACUGCAAGUGAUUACAAUGCUGGCAGUGUACGAGCUUGUGACCGGAAACCUACAAUCCGCAAACUACUACGGCGGGCUAGCCGCUCGCAUGAUCUUCAUCCUUGGAGGUCACACGGCGUUCUGCUAUUCGCCCGAAUACCUGGCGUCGCUUCCCGACGAGACCAGCGUGCGCACCCAGCAGCACAUCCGGCGCAUCUUCUGGCUCUGUUACACGUUCGAGAAGGACGUCUCCCUGCGCACGGGGCAGCCGCAGACCUUCAGCGACGACAACUGCGACCUGACCUUACCCCCCAACUACAUGGACACCCUACACGCGCACGGCGCGGACUGCAUGCUGCCCACCCGCAAGACGGACGAGGACCCGCUCUACCCGGUGGACAUCCGGCUUAGUAUCAUUAAGUCGCGGGCGUACAGCGCGCUGUACUCGUUCCGGGCGCUGAAGAAGACCGAUGCGGAGCUUCUGAAAGAUAUCCGCGAGCUCGACGACGACCUCGAGCGCUGGCGGCUCUCGAUCCCGCAGCAGUGGCGCCCCACGCUCUCCUUCUCCCAGGAGACCCCGGACCCAGACGCCAACAUGCACAAGGUGAUGCUGCGGCUGAACUACCACCUGUGCAUGACCAUCAUCCACCAGGCCAGCAGCCGCUGCCAGUCCUGGACGAAGGACCAGUUCGGGAUCAUGGACGGCGUGAAUUCCAGCCUGGCCCUCUCGGUCGAAGCGAGCCGCUCCACCUUGCUGUAUCUCCAGGCGUCUGAGCACGUUCUGGUGGCGGGCAUAUUCUGGACCCUCAUCUUCUACCCCAUGUCCGCCCUCCUCGCGAUCUUCUGCAACAUCCUGCAGAACCCCACCGACCCGCAGGCCACCAAGGACCUGGGCCUCCUCAAGACGGCCAAGGGCAUGAUGGAGCGGAUCUUCCUGCGCCAGCCCGCCUCGGUCAACGAGAUCGUGCACAUCAAGAUGGUCGCCGACUUCGUGACGGAGCUGUAUCGACUGGCUAGCUGCGCGAUCGAGAAGGCCUGGAAUGAGCGGGCUGCUGCGUAG